GGGGCCGGGAGGGGGCCGGGGGGCGGUGGGUUCCCUUGUGUGGUCCCGGCGCCGCUGCGGGCGGUGGCGGCGGCUGAGACGGGCGGAUGGCGGCGGAGCUGGGAGCGGGGCUGCGCAUCUUCCGCGAUAUACUGAGAAGAGCAGAUAAGAAUGAUGAUGGAAAACUGUCCUUUGAUGAAUUCAAAGCUUACUUUGCUGAUGGAGUUCUGAGUGGAGAAGAAUUGCAUGAACUUUUUCACACGAUCGAUACACACAAUACAGACAAUCUUGACACUGAAGAGCUUUGCGAAUAUUUUUCACAGCAUUUAGGAGAGUAUGAAAAUGUUCUCUCUGUUUUGGAGGACUUAAACAUUACUAUACUGAAGGCAAUGGACAAAACAAAGAAGGACUAUCAAGAAGCUUCUAAUUUGGAGCAGUUUGUGACUCGCUUUCUCCUGAAGGAAACGCUGAACCAACUGCAGUCCCUCCAGACCUCCCUGGAGUGUGCCAUGGAAACCACAGAGGAGCAAACUCGUCAGGAAAGACAAGGUCCAACAAAACCAGAAGUGCUCUCAGUGCAGUGGCCAGGAAAACGCUCAGCUCGAAGGCUUCAAAGGAACAACAGCCUAUCACCCAGUAACCCUCAGUUUAACACAGGCUGGAUUGAGGAAGAGAGCCAGUGGAUGACCCAGAUAAGUAGACUCCAGAAGCUGAUUGACAGGCUAGAAAAGAAGGACUUAAAGCUUGAGCCAUUUGAAGAAGAAGUUUUGGAAGAAAAUGCAAGAUCUCACAUAAUGAUUGUUCAGCGUCAAAUGUCUGUGAUAGAAGAAGAAAUUGAGGAAUUCCGGCUUGCUCUGAAGCAGUACGUGGAGUCUGCUUCUGCUCAGAGUGGCUGUUUGCAUGUUUCCAUACAGAAGCUUCCAAGCGAUUCCCGUUUCAUUAUUUAUGAGUUCUGGGAGAAUAACAGUGUCUGGAAUAGCCACCUUCAGAUGAAUUAUAGCAAGACGUUCCAAAGAAGUAAUGUGGACUUCCUGGAAACUCCAGAGCUCAUUACAACAAUGCUAGUUCCUGCAUCGUGGUGGGUCCUCAAUAACAACUAGAAGCCGUGACUCCAAGUAACUGCGUUAUGUUUUUCACUACAGUAACACUGAUUUAACAGCGUACAGGUGUGCCGGGUUAGAGGUUUAUCAUGUGAUACUGCUCAAUACUAUGGAUGUGAUCUUUUCUGUGUUAAGAUAUGGAAAAUCAUGUUUAUUGCCUUCUGUUCUUGUGAUCAGUUCAGAUAAAUAAUGCUUCGUAAAAGCUGAAAAAAGACAACUAAGCUCAUCUGUUAACUGUGUAAUUUAGUCCUGUCACAGAAACUGCAUCUUGAUUGGUGUGACUGAGUAUUUGUGAAUACUUUUAGUCUCGCAUUAAUAAACAAUUGUUACUUAAUGCUGCUGCUUUCUCCUCUUACAGAAAAAACAGGUAUAAACUUGAGAAGACAUUUCCAUAAAUGCCAUAAAGCUUA